AUGUCCUCCUCCGCAACACCGCCAUCAUCACGGACUUACACCGACGCAAUCAACCUCCUAAACACCCUCAUCCCAAACCUCAAAGUCCACGCCCUCUUCAACAAACCAAAAGAUGCCCCUCCUACCACCGCAGCACCAGCACCAGACCCGAACCUCCUCGCCAUCCCCGAAAUGCGCACAAAAGGAAAAGGCUCCGUCUCAGCCCUCACGACCUCGGCCCUCCUCCACCACUCAUCCUCCUCCUCAUCCUCUUCCUCCACGACUUCAAUAGGCCCCAUAGGAACCUACACCUCCCCCCACCUCCUCUCCCCCCGCGAACGCAUCGCAAUCUCCAACCACCCCAUCUCCCAACACCUCUUCGCAACAUCCUUCUUCGAACUAUGGGACACCCUCACCUCCUGCACCUCCCCCUCCGCCCCGGGCAGCACCGCCAGCACAUCCGGCCCAAACCUCGGCAUCGAACCGGGCUCCAAACCCUUCUACUUCCGCUUCCUCACCCUCCUCGCCCUACACGUCUUCCUCAAGCUCCGCGUCCGCACCGUGGUGUUAGAAUGCGGCAUCGGCGGCGAAUACGACGCCACGAACGCCAUCCCGCCCGAGGCGGUGACGACCUCGAUUGCGUGGCAUAAAGCGGGCGUGAUGAAGCCCGGCGUCGCGACGUUUACGCGCGGGUUAUCUGAUGAGGUGCACCCGGGCGUGAUGGCCACCCUCCGCUCCCGCGCGCGAGAGGUAGGCGCGGAGCUGAUCGAGGUCGAGGACGAGGAUGUCGUUAAGUGGAGCGGUGUCAAGGAUGCAAAGUUACCCGGCGGAGACUUUCAGAAGAGGAACCAGGCUCUCGCUGCGCUGGCUGCGAGGCGGCAUAUCCAGGUCCUUCAAGCUCGGGACGCGGGGUCGAGUACGGUAGGGGAGGUGAAUUCUUCGCUGGCGGAUGUCCCUGAAGUCAUCAUCGCCGGUCUACGCGAGGCGACGCUCCGUGGCCGGCAUGAAAUUCUCAGACAGGGCAAGGUGUCAUGGUACCUCGACGGGGCGCAUAACGCGGAUAGUCUGGCGGAAGUAGCGCGCUGGAUAUCUCCCAUCAUCACCUCUCCCAACACCUCAGACACUACAAACAACGAGGCCAGCUUCGUCCUCGUCUUCAAUCAACAAGAACGCGACGCCUCCGCUCUCCUGACAGAGUUCCUCCGCCAGAUGAAGACCCUGGGUGUUGAACUCGAGACGAGGCUUUCCGCCGCCAUCUUCACGAGGAACGACAAGACUAACAUCGCCGGCGAGGGCGGGGAGGUGGAUCUCAGUGUCCAGGAGGCGUGUGCUGCGGCGUUUAGGGAACUGUAUCCUGCUACAAAGGUCGUGGUGUGCAGGGACCUGAUGGAGAUGAAGAGCGCCGUCGAUGGCGUCGCGGGGAUGUCGACGUCGGGGACAAAAGUGCUGGUCACGGGGAGCAUGUAUCUCGUUGGGAACGUCAUCGGCUUCUUGGAGCCGGAAAAUCUAUUGUGA